AUGCAAUACAGCAAUAUGGCGAAAGCUUGCCAUAUAUUGCAAAAAGGUGCUGUCGUCCAGCACAUCGCCAAAGCCCAUAACCUGAAAGCAGAGCGCACGUCGGACAAAGGUGAACGUCUGGUUGACUUAUGCGAACAGACGGGACUCAUCAUCGCUCCCACGUUUACGAUUAACCAUCGACGCCAUCAGCUCACGUGGCAGGGGUCAAUUCUUUUAACGCCUGAACAGCAACCCAAGCUUAAGAUGAGGGCUCUUAAGCUUCAGCUCGACUAUGAAAAACGUAUUAGAAAGAAGCUGCGUCGUCAACUUCAGCAAGACGGGGAUAACGAGUGGACGUCAAGAGCGAUGGAGUUUGAAAAGACAUGGGAGGACAAGAAGCCGCGGAAAGCCCACGCUUUAGUAAAACAGUAUAGCAGCAAAAGUAAAAGUUUGGAGGGAAAAGAUGAGAUUAGCGCAGGAAAACUAAAAUAUCUUCCUCCGUCUGGGAUUCGAGAGAUGACGGAGAUUAUCCGUUCCAUAUGGAUAGACGAAAGGAUACCUGACUCGUGGAGACGAGCUAUCGUAAUUCCCCACCACAAGAAGUUAUCCGUCACGGACCCUAGGAAUUAUCGAGGAAUCUCUUUGCUGCGUGUUAUGUACAAGGUAUUGGAGUCCUACCAGCUAUUGGAUACACUCCUUCCUGAGCCUGUCUUCUCAACGCUCUUCGCGCCGAUGGAGUGCCAGGAAAAUUCGUUCGCUUGCUUGAUGACACGAAUCAACGAGCAACUGCUGCAAUUACACCAGCCGGAUGUGGACAUCAAACACCAAGGCAGUACGAAACUUCAGCGUGUUGCUAACCUUGUUCGUAGCUGGCUCCAGCCUAUACGCCCUGAACAAUGCAAGCCGGUGUGCAUCUCUUUGAGACCUCGAACGGAAAUCAGGGUGGACAGACGUUCAUUCGAAUUCGUCGAUGAGCUCUGUUAUUUAGGCUGUACGCUGAAGAACAACGGCAGCUACGAGAGAGAUGUUCAGCAAAGAUGCGCUAAGGCCACUUUUGCAUUUAACUCCUUAACGAAAUGCCUGAGGUCGACUCCCAUCACCAACGAAGUCAAACUGCGAGUCUACCUGUCCGCAAUUCGUCCCGUCAUGUUGUACGGAUCGGAGACUUGGGCAGCACCAUCUACGGUUAUGGAGAGGCUUGAUUGCACGGAACGAAAGCUGCUUAGACGGCUACUUUGCUACCGGCGGAUGACACGUGGAAAAUAUCAAUAUCUUGCACCGCCACCAUCAUGCUCAGGCUAA